GGGAGAUACACUUUGUGAUAUUUUUGAUGGAACAGUUGAACUAGUUUUAGUAUUUUGCAUCUGCCCUUUAGAAACUUGUGCCGCUGAGACAUUGUGUUUCUGAGAAGAAUCGUACGUUUCGGAGCAAGAUAAAAUGCCGAAAAAGAAAACUGGUCAAAGAAAGAAAGCCGAGAAGCAAAAGCUUCGGCAGAAAGAAAUCAGAGCUGCUAAGGAACAAAUAGAUUUGGCAAAAUUUCCUUGCAACUCUGUAAUGGAAUGCGACAAAUGUAAUAAAAAGCAAAAGAGUCGAGCCUUUUGUUACUUUUGUCAGAGUGUGCAACGUUUGCCCAUGUGUGCACAUUGUGGUAAAAUCAAGUGCAUGUUAAAAACAGGAGACUGUGUAGUACGUCAUCCUGGCAUCUUCACUACAGGAUUGGGAAUGGUGGCAACUAUAUGUGAUUUUUGUGAAGCCUGGAUUUGCCAUGGAAGACGUUGCCUCACUAGUCAUGCUUGCAGUUGUCCAUUGAUGGAUGCCAUUUGUCAGGAAUGUGAGAGAGGAGUUUGGGAUCAUGGUGGAAGGAUAUUCAAGUGCUCAUUCUGCGAUUGCUUUUUAUGUGAAGAUGAUCAAUUUGAGCAUCAAGCAUCUUGCCAAGUACUGGAAGCAGAAAGUUUUAAAUGUCAAUCUUGUAAUCGUUUGGGACAAUACUCCUGUCUCAGAUGUAAAACAUGCUAUUGUGAAGAUCAUGUUCGUAGAAAAGGUUUUAAAUAUGAAAAGAAUAAGGCUAUUCCAUGCCCAAAGUGCAGUUAUGAGACAUCCCAAACUAAGGAUUUGAGCAUGUCCACUAGGAGCCACAAAUUUGGUAGGCAAAAUCAAGGUGGCCCAUCUGAAUCUGAUGAUGAAAAUGGAUAUGAUUAUGGAAAUCAAGAUUCUUGUUUUGGAACUAGUACUUAUACCAAUUAUGAAGAUGAUGACGACGACAAUGAAGAUGAUGAUGAUGAUGAUGAUUACGAUGAUGACGAAGACGAUGAUGAUGAAGAUGGAGAUGGAGAUGGAGAUGAUAAUAAAUCAUCGAGUGCAGAUGAAGAACAAAAGGAUCCUAACGUACAACACGCUUCAAAUAGUAAUAAAAAUAAAGCUUAACAACACAUAUAUUUAAAGAUAUAUAAAAUAACAAUAAUUGAGAAAUGAAUUAUCAGGAAACUUAAUAAAAGUAGUCAGGAAAAAAAUAUGAAUAUUCUUAAAAAGAGAAUUCAAGGAUUUUGUAAAAUAAAAAUUAAUAUACUAUUUCUAAGUA